AAAACAACUAAACAGUUCUUGGAGGAUUGGAUAAAUAGGAGCCGUUUGGGAGAGCUUGCUGAUUAGCAGGCAGCGUGUGCACUUUUCUAGCUCCACGUUACAUUCUAUUGUGUGCGCUCGCUCAGCACCAUGGAGAGCUCUCGGCUGCGUGUCUUGACCUUAGGCAGCUGCUUGCUCUUAAUUGCUGUGGUCUGUGGGCAAGAGGACAGUUCUGACCUGGAGACUAGGGCUCUAAGAGACUUUUACCCCAAGGACUCUAUCCCAUCUAGUGAGAAGGAACUGCUGGGAGCGCUGCAGGAAGUCUUGGAGAAAUUACAGAGUAAACGGGUCCCAUCCUGGGAAAAGAAAUUCGGACAGGUGCCAGUGUGUGAUGUUGGGGAGCAAUGUGCAGUGAGGAAGGCUUCCCGCAUUGGAAAAUUAUGUAACUGUCCUAGAGGUGCUGUGUGCAAUUUCUUUCUCUUAAAGUGUUUAUAAAAGAAACGUCAUCCAACGUCAUCUGUCAAAGCACCAGUGAUUACCAGCAAGAGAA